AUGCCCCUUGAUAAAGACUGUAUCGACUCGAGGGAAUCGUUUCCCAGUCACUGGACGACGGAUAGAGGUCUUGUCGAAGCCGAAUACAUAGUGCUUGCCAAAGCGCCGAAAACGUCGCUGUUAGAGAUACUCCAACGAAGUUUUGUUGACUGUUUUGAAUUUGUAAGCAUGUCAUGCCCACAACAGUCGCCGAAGAAGAAAAAGAAAAAAGAAGGCAACAGUGAUUCUGAAAACAGUGAUGAAGAAGAGAUCCCAACAACGUACGAGCUAUGGCAGGAUUUUUUGCAUAGCCUCACGCUUCAUGGAUUUCGUUUCAUAUUCGAGGAUGGCCCUAAAAUUCGCCGUCUCCUAUGGUUGGUGAUUUUGAUACUCGCCAUUUUCAUGUUGUUGCUACAGAGCAAGAAAAGUAUCCAGAAAUAUUUUGAUCGCCCGAUCACCACCACUGUGCAAGUUGAAUUUUUGGACGAGAUUAUUUUCCCCGCGGUUUCAAUAUGCAAUUUCAACUUAUUUCCUUAUUACCUUAUUAACGGCACAAUAGGAGAAAAGGUAAGUGAUUAUAAAUUGUAAAUCCACUUGUAUUAUUAAUAAUCUCCAACUGGAAUAGCAUGAUCCAGGGACCCCACACCUAGCCCUUCCCUGACCCAACAUUUGACCGACGUCAGAAGCCAGUGUUAACGUUAGGCUAGGGGGAGGGGUAGGUAGUUAGUUUCCCAGAAUCGUACAUUCGCCGCUUUAGAAACGAGAAGGAACCUGACCCUAGUUAACUCGCUAAGUCUUCUGGGGCUUUCAUUAGGAAGAGUGGAAAUGUUCAAUAGCUGACCGUCGUUUUUAAAGUAACGAUCCCAUGAAUCAGUUGCGGGAUGCAUUAUAGCCCCAGUUUCCUUUUCGGUUCUAAAGUGGUGAAUUGAUCCGAAGUUUCAAGCAUAACGAGACAAGAACCUCCCCACCCCUACCCUAAUAAACCCUACAGUAGCCUUUUUCUAUUCGGGCUUUGGCCCCUUAGAUCUGUAGAAGAAUUCCCUGCUUCAAACAUUGUCCAAAAUACAGUCGAACUUUCAUAAAGCGGCCACCCUCCUGAAUGAAAACAUGUGCACGCUUAACAAUUAAAGUGGACGACCGCUUUCAAUUAGUUCCAUUUGCAGUGAUUCACCAACAAUUCUGUAUUGAAGCAGCUCUAGAUCCUGGAGACUGAGCACUAAAUAACGGUGAUAUCUUAAAAGAGACCACUUAUUUUAUGUCAAUUCGACGGUUCUAAAAGAAAGUCUAGAAACCUUUUCUACUGAUCGGUAGAUUCGAAGUCACUGCCCACUGGUAAGUUCCGUAUUGCCGAGGUACAUUUGUUAUGUUUGUUGAAAAAACAAAUUAUAAUAAUGUUUAGAUUUAUAUUUUGCUUACUUUACUUCUCUUAUACUAUCCUAUACUCACAAAUUGGAUUAUUUUGCUCCAUUUCGCUAUUUAUCAGUAAUUUGAAGCAAUUUUCAUAAGGGGUGUCUACUAGACAGGGGGCUUUUAUUAGAGAGAAGUGUCUCAAAGAAACGUUUGCGAAGAGGGGACGUUCAUUAGAUAAAAGGCGAUUAUUUGAGAGAGCGCGACUAUUUGAUCAUUUAUGGUAUAUAUGCAUUUACGGCUGGCAAACCAUAGCCUGGUACCAGGCUCCGCAUUGUGGGAAAAAGCAGAAAAAAUCGCGUUGGCGAAAAAAAAAUCGGCGAGUGAAGCGAGCCGAGAAGUAGUCUGGGGAUGGGAAAGGGUGGCAGGGCUCCUACGCCCUUUCCCUCUCCCUUGGAUACCGCUCGACUCGCUUCGCUCGCCGAUCUUUUUCCCCCACUGCGGAGCCUAGUCCCAGGCUAGGCAAACUAGUAUAAAUGAAAAAAGAAUUAUACCAACUUUUGCUUUUUCGCUACAGGUCAUGUCAAUUCUAGCUCCUCAAAAGUACAUUGACAACAAAGAAGAGGUUCUCUUUGCGCGAUCUCCGAUUCCGAACUUCCUGAACUACCUUCGUCGUCGUCGCCGGGGAAAAGAAUCCACAAAACCUAUCGAUGAUGACGAUGUCGAUGUUCUUGAUGACGACACAGCAUUUGGGAUCGAUGAUAGUUUUGACUUUGCGCAGUUUGUGAGAACUCAUGGCCAUCGUAUUGAUCACAUGAUUAAAAAGUGCAGAUGGAAAUCACAACCUUGCGGACCUGAGAAUUUUACUGCGGUUAUAACUGAGUUUGGUCUCUGCUACACAUUUAAUUCAGGUGAAUAUCAAACCGGGGGGGGGUCCUAAGAGAACUUAAAGUUGUUUUUAAAAGCUCUUUUUCCGAGCCGGAUCUCUCACGUUUGAAAUAGUAGAGCGUUUUCAUUUACGUGGCCAGUAAAUAUGCCUAUCUUUUUCUUGGAACAAAAGAAAGUUUUUAUAUGAGAGGAGAAUGCAAUCCCCACAGGACUCUUUCGGUACACCAAUAUGGCUGCAAUGAGGUCAUAUGAAACAAAUCUGUUAAGGUGGCUGAGCACAGUUCUGCGGGCGAUCAGCGGUAACUCGCGUGAUGGCGCGUGUUUUAAAUUAGACAAACAAACAUGCCGGCGAAAAAAGCAAUGGUAAACAGAUGACAAUUUCUCAAAAUCUACUCAUUAAAGUUUUGUGAUAUUUGGCAGAAUUUUUACUUUUAUCGUACUUCCAAUAAUAAGAACUUUAAAAUGGAAGUUGAACAGGCGAAUUUUGUGACACAUUCGAUAAUUACAGUACAAUCAUAUUAUCGAUUAUCUAAAAACCCGUCUUUUAAAAUUUGGUCAAAUAAGUUUCAAAUGGUAAUGAUUAAUUAUAGUUAGCUGUGUGCAAGUUUACUAUAGGAAAAUCUAAUGCGCGUAUUUUAAGUAAUCUGAGCGUUCAUGUUGCCAUGGAAACUACGAAAAGUCAUAUUUUACCUGUCAGUCAAAAUUUUUCAUCAGCUUGUGAGCUGCGACCUUUCUCUUGCCAUGAUUUGGCAAAUGACAUAUACUCACAAACUGCCAAAACUGUGUUAGGCCACCUUAACUGGAAGAAAGUAAUUGAACAACUCGCCCUGUAUAAGCCAUAUAAAACCCAAGGUAUUUAAAUGAGCAGUCAGUCAUAAGAUCCAUCGACCUAUCAGUGAGACCCACGUCACCACAAAUUGCGGUGCAACUUUUGUAGACCAGACGUCCAAAGUUUUUAUCCCAUCAUAUGACAUCCGAGUUUACGACUCAAAUUCAACAAAUUAUUCAAAAUAAAUUGCAUAUUGACUCAAGCUCAUCCAAGACUAAGCCUUGAAAAAAUUAUAUCAGGGGAUAACAUUUUAAUCGAUAUCUCACCGGCCGUGAGAAUUCUGAAAAAUAAGCUGGUACUGUAUUACUAUUAUGCCAAGAAUUCACACAAUUUGAUAUCAGAGACCUCAGGGAUCUCGAGCCACCUAGCAUUUUGUUUGGUGAAUUUAAGUAAGCAAUUUUGCGCAUUUUUUUCAUACACCAUGAUGUGCACCGGGCCCACAGGUAUGAAAGGACACCCGCUACUCAGAGUUCAACGAGCAGGAGUAGAUUAUGCGCUCAGAUUAUCUCUCAGCGUACAACAAGAUCAGUAUUACGGCUCACUAAGAGACUCGUCUGGCUUCAAGGUUAUGGUGCAUGAUCAGGAAGAACCGCCCCUGAUCAAUGAACUUGGUUUUGCAAUUCAGCCAGGGACGCACACAUUCUGCGGGCUUAGGAAGGAAGUGGUAUGUACAUGAAUAGUCAGCUAAACAGCGGUUAUUCACAAUAGAAAAUCGCAAAACAAAAGUCUAGCCGGGGGGGUUGCAUUAGAAAUGCUAAGUUAGCUAUUGGUGUUUUGUUGUUGUUGUUGUUGCUGUUGUUUCUUAUUUCUAAAGUGAUCAUAGAUAAGUAAAGAAGCAAGCCGUGAUGAUUAUUGAAUAGACUGCUGAAGCUGGACCUUGAAAUGUAGCCCUAGUAACCUCAAAGUGUGGAUGGACGCCUGAUAGCCCCUGAUAGAUUCUUGGCAACGGAUCUCAGACGGUGGACUGGACCUCUGGGAGAUAUUAGGGAACAGAUUUUUAAUAGGCAAACUUUUCCUUUUAAACUUUUCGAGAUAACGCCGAUUUCUAUAUUCUCGAUGGGCUACCGUUCUUCAGGGCAAAAAUUAUUUUUCAAUUAAACUAUUAUCCGAUUAAUCCCAAUAAAGAGGAACCUUCCUCUAUAAUACGGACACCUGUAUUGUAGACUACGAGCAGUCUCUCUUUUUUCUUGGUCCGUCGAGCAAAACGCCCAAGACACGCAAAUGACCACGCGCGUGACUGAAGGCGCGAGACGGGAGAGGCACGAUAAAAGAACUACGCGGGCAGCCCUCGUUUCUUGCGUCUCGCGGCUUCGCCGCUCAACGCUCGCACGCGCGUGCUCGCCCCUUACUAAAUCUGAAGAAAAAGAGAGACUGCUAGCAGUCUACCUGUAUUGCGGACACUUCUCUUCGUCCCUUUGGUGCUUAUGUUAAGAAAGUAUAAUUUGACCAAACAUAAUAGCCGCCAUUGUUAAUUGCUUGUUUGUAUGUUUAUCUCAUUGGUUUGUUUGUUUUUGUUCAGAUGCAUAACCUUCCAUCGCCAUUCAAGACUGCAUGCGAAGAUAAACACCUCGCUGGUUUUAAAAAGUACACCAAGUCUGCCUGCCUUCUAAAAUGCCGGGCAGAUUACGUUAUCAGUAUGUGUAAAUGUAGAUCUUACGACUUAGAGGGUGAGUCACUUUGGUCUAUUCAGAUCUUGAAAAUGUAGCUUGAUGCUUAUUUUGGCAAAAAAAGAUUAGAGCGGUUUUCAUUUGAGUGUCGAAAAGUAAUUGGUUUUGCACUUUCUACACGAUGCGAUUGGCUUAAAAGAUUCGCACCACCUUUUCAUCCAAUCAGAAGUAAAACCAAAGCCAAUUGUGACGCGCUCGCAUGCAUUUUCCCGCGCUUUACGUCAGCCACAUGUAAUUACUUCGAGUUUUGAUUGGUUCAAUGUCUUGUCUGUGUCCUAUAUGAUUGGCCAGAGUAAUUACUGUGGUUUUGGUUUUACGACACUCAAACGAAAACUACUCUAUAAGUAAAGCUGUUUGACGUCUCGAUGUAUCCAAAGAAUGAAAAAAGGUCAACUGUCAAAGUCGGUUAAAAGAUUUGAGAUUUGAACUCAUUAGAUCACGGGCAUUCAUGUGUGUUUGAUUCUAUAAAAACGUGCUAAUUAAUAGAACAGCUCAGUAGAGUCUAUAUACACGUUUAGCGAUAGUUUAGAGCUCCUGUGUAAACAACGUUUAAUAAAAGAAGGCAAUCAUUUUGAUUCUAGCUUAGUAUUCUAAGAAGUUACAAGACUCAAGAUAAUCCUGGGUGUAUGGCAAACGACAUAAAAUGCUUUUCCCCAUAACGACAAGCUUCUCUUUUCCUUUUUUGCCGUACGGUGAAAUCAGGCCUUGUGCCCAUAGAAGCAACCGCGUUCCCAGGGUAUAAGUCACCUGACCGCAUGCAUGCAUAGCAGUUCAGCUAGCCAUACAAAACAUCCUUUUAACCCUGUACAGUUUGUUGUGUCCAUAAUUUAUGUACAAUACAGACAAGUGACAGAAGCACCAAGCAAGAAAAAACGUAGCUACGUACCCUGUCGACAAAUUUCAGCUGCAAAAACAUAUCUUUUUUCGUGUUUCUUAUGCAUAUUACCAGCCAGGGGCGGUGCACAUGUUGAACAACUUGUCUAUUUAAAGGAUUACAAGAUCGUUUAUUUUCCCAUUUACCCAUCCCGAAAUCAUUUUGCUUCCGGCCAAUAAUAAAUAAUCCGUGGUGUUCAUAAGUUCUGUCAUAGACUAGUCUUAUCAUUUUCUCGGAGACCAAGGACCUCCCCCUGUAUCAGUCAAUCCGGUGGGGAGAAUAGAGCGAAGAACAUUUACUAGCCUUUGUUUCAAAUGUUUCGUCACGCCAUAAAAUUGAUCAACUGUCACUCCAUGGAUCUCCAAGAAUACACUACCUUAAUUACCAGAAGGGGUUAGCAACGGAAGCAAUUAAUGGUGUGGCCUGGGUGUUUUAUAGGGAAAUUUUGAUUUCAUUGUGUUAGUGUUUAUAUCAAAAGGUUUCUCCUCUCCCAUACACAUCAUAGGUGAAGCUCCUCCGUGUCUCCCUCAAGAAGUCAAAAAUUGUGUUUGGCCUGCCAUGGGUAAGUACUGGAUUGUGAAGUUUCACUUCUGUGAGUAUAACCGUACACUUACGCAGUUCUAAUAUAAUAUGAAACUUGAAAAUUACAAUAAAAACGAUAGCUUGGAAAAUACACAUUUACCGCCAAAGGAAUCUGAAUCCAUGAAUACCGCCAAUUCUUAGAACGGGGAAAAUGAAAACACAUCAAAAUAAAACGGAAUUGUACCGGAUUAAUAAAAUAACUAGAUAAAUAAAUGCCUGGAAUAAAUGUAGUAAACAAGCAGGAUAUCCCCGUUUAGACUCAGAAUUUGAAUGCAUUCCCGGGACAGAAAGAUAACUUUGUCCUCUCUCUUCGACCAAUCUUUAGAAAUAUUUCGUAACGAAAGCAACAAUUGCGAGUGUCCAGUGCCGUGUGAGAUAACCAAAUACCAGGUUCAGCUAAGCUAUGCCCAGACUCCAGCCAAACAUUUCUCGGAGGUUUUAGCGCGGAGAAAGCACGUUAGGAAAGACGUCAUGAGGCAUUAUCUCAGGUGAGGCUAACUCUUGAAAGAAGGAUUUGGUUUUUUUUGCUUUCCAUCACUUGGACUGAGCACUUGAAAGAGUUGUGCGACUGUGAUGUAAUUUAGAAGGCAAGUGGACGCAGUAUACAAAUUUCAAGGAAGGACAAACUCUGAAGAAGAGAAAAAUGGAUUGCGCCCAGCGCUUUUGAAUACUUUUUAACUUUCAAAGUAUUGUUUAGCUCUUUCAAUUUAUCUCUAUUGUUUGUGACUCCAAUGAAUUCGUGUUUGAGAGACAUUUGUUUGCCCAUUUAUUUUGCAAUUUACAAGCUAAUAUUUUUCUUGCGCUAAUGUUGAUCGAGUUGCAUUGUGAAGAAGGGCGAGUAACAACGGGAAGAGAUUAUUACAAACAACAAAAUGAAAAAAUGUGGAUAACCGCGAUCCUCUCAAAUUGCUAAAACCGCCCCGCCUUAUUCGAACCCAGGGAUUGCCAACAUUUAUACAAGAGAUGAUACAUAAUUUCGCGAUAAUCGAAUUAAAAUAAUUUUAUUAAUAAGGAUCCUUUGAGCUUUUAAGAAAUGAAGAGUGAGAGAAAUUAGAAGGAAAGAGCUUGAAUUGAGCCAAAUAGCACCAUUAUCUUCAACUGAUAGUUCGAGAUACUCAUUUUCCUCUUCCGCCAAAGAUAUGCCUCAUCUAGUUUUUUUUUUUUUUAAUUUGCUGACAGUAAACACGGCUCUUUAUUCGUCCUCGGUCUAAUUGAGUAUCUUAACUAUUUGAAAUUUUCUUAUCAUCAUUAAUUGUGUUAAGAAUCUACAAAUCUAAUUUGCGAUCAGGCAGAAUGUUAGCAGAGAAUCUUAUGAGAACGGCGAGACAAAUGAAAGAGUCUGGCUGUUCAAGUAACUUGAACACUGUCAGAAGUGAAGGGGCGUUUCCCUCUACUUUCACCUUCUCAUAGAGCACCCUCCAAUUUAUUCAGUAUAUUCAAUUAGUUUUAAAAGGCCUUUUUCAACAAGUCAAUUACGUAGUACAAAACUGCCAUAUUGGAGAGCAAGUUAGACAUUGGAACAAGACAAAAAAAACUUACACCAUAGAAGCGCUUAUUUUGCCGAUUGUUUGUUUUCUCCCAGAAUUGUUUUCUUGCUCUCCAGCAAGGCAGUUUUGUACCACGUGAAUGACAAGGUGUAAAGACCGUCUAUUUGUCAAAUGAAAUUUUUAAAGACUAGUUAACUGUGUAGUUGUAUAAUCAUUCAUCAGGGACAACUUUCUUGAGCUUGAUGUGUACUUCGAGGAGAUGCAAGUUACGUUGAUCACCCAGCGACAAGCAUAUGACCAGGAAAGCUUGUUUGGUAAGUAACAUAAACACUGAAAUGAUUGCUGCAUUAUUCUAGUUGAAGACGCAUUGCCUGGUUAUUGAAUGUUUCAAUUUGCAGUGAUUUACAACGUUUCCAUAACCGGAGAGAAAACGAAAAAUUGUCUGAGAAUGAAAAUGUCCAGCUAGAAUUUUCUUCAAAGAAAUUCGACGCCAGGAAUUUGUUGAAUUCAAAUGCCAGUGUUCCUGAAAACGGUUGUUGUUUCAGUAACUCAUAUUUUGAUAACUAAUUAAUAAAUAAAACUUUAUUUAGUAUCCAGCAGAAUGAAUCAGCUAUACAGUAUUAAGUAUUGCUAAAAAGAUAUAAAUGUGCAAACAAUUAUAUUACGUCGAAAUACUAUAUUUUCCCGCCGGUACCUAUUUUUUUGUUUGUCCAUAAUAAUGGGGUGUUCAGCUCACAUAGCUGAUUAUGUUAUUAAACUCUUUCAGUCAGUUUCAUUCUUUUUUAAUCACAUUUGAUGAUGGUUAAGGCCUCUUGAGAAACUCGUGACCCUCGCAUGUCAAACGAAUUAGUGACCUUAUAAAGAAUCUCGUUAAAUCGUAUGUAAAUUGAGCUUCUUUGAUCCUCAUCUUUCGUCGUAAAAGUUUUGGGGAAGUUUGACAAGUGUGGCACAUCUGACUUCUAAAUUUGCAUCAGGAAGGUACUCCCUAUAAUGGUCUAUAGGGAAGGCUCCGCCCUAAAUCAGGCUCCAGGUAUAUGAAAGGAUAAGGGUUUCACUGGAUGACGUUUAUGAAAGGGUGAGAAAUUUUAUCAUUUUGGUCUGUAAAAAGGCCCAAAAGGGCUAACAGGGACAUUUUAUGGCUGUAAAAAAGUCCAAAAAGCUUUCUGGUUUUGUCGUUUUUUCAUAUUUUUAAAGACAGUGUGUAUUAACAGCAGUUUUAAGGGAUACGAAGUCCUGAACUAGGCAUGUAAAAAGGUACCAAUUGUCAAUAGAAGGUGUACGAAAGGGGUAACCUUAUCAGCUUAAAAUGGUAUACUUUAAAAAGGUAAAAGGUUGACUCUCGCGGCGGAGCCUUCCGUAUAAAGCUUUGUUGAGUAGCUCCCACGGGGACAAAAUAUUUUUUUUUAAUCUUGGUAGGUGACAUUGGAGGUCAAGUUGGAUUAUUUCUUGGAGCUAGCAUCCUCACAGUGCUAGAGUUCUGUGACUUAUUCGCAAGAAUAAUCGUCAAUAAGAUAAAACAAAGGAAACGUCGGCGAACUAGAACUGUCUAA